GAAUAACGGACAAAGUUCUGAAGCCAGGUGCUUUUUAUAAAACGGCAGUUAGUUAUUCGCGUUUUAAAGUAGGUAUAGGCUAGUAGGGUAACGUUCUCCAUUUAUCAGGUAAUAUUAAGAUAGUUUUAUUUCAAAAAUGUCCUUCCCAAAAGCUAAAUUGCAUCGAUUCAACGAAGAAAUGACAUGUGCUCCCCCUCCUGGUAAAUAUGACCCAAAAUUCGACAACAAAGUGAAGGGAGCUGUCAUUCAAAAAAGCAAGAGGUUCGUCGAUUCAAAGCUGAACUUGGCUGCAUCAACGGAGAGCCUUGAUAGCGUCUCUUGCUCCACCUCCAAGUCAGCAAGCACCACUAACCUCCAACCAGUAUUCCGAACUCCCCAACUGACAAGAAGGAAAGUACUUACAACGCCGAAAUCAGUUUCAUCCAUAAACCUCGCAAGCACAUCAGGAAAAACAAAGCGCGCUCUGAAUAACGAAUUCAAAAAUGAAACUCACUUGGAAAAGCUGGUAUCAGAUCUCAACGCCGAAUUGAAAGAGAAAAAGAAUGAAAUUGAAGAUUUGUACAAAGAGUUGGCCAUGAUGAAGAAGAAUGAAGUGGACGAACAAUCAAAGAUCGAUGAGGAAAGGAAGAUUCUAGAGAAACAGCACUUGGAAGAGAUCGACCAACUGAAAGCUGAAAUUGAAGUAUUGCAGAAGAAAAUUGACAAAGAACGAGAACAGCAUAUCAAUGAGUUGGACAAACUAUCAGACGAAACUGUAAUUACAAUUGACUCAAUGAAGGUCGAUAUCGAAAAUAAAUUGAAGAAUUUUGAAAGCGAUUUGGAUGUGUCUCAGAUGGAGAUGCAGAUAGAUUUCCAAACUAAGUUGGAGGAAGUGACGAAGGAAAUUAGAGAGCAAAGUGAUGACUUGGAAAGAAAAACCUUGCAAACAAUCAGUAAAGUACAAAUGAUGCAAAUUGACUUCGAAAAACAAACAGAGCAGUUCAAGGAAUACCUGGAAGAAUCUGAUCAGAAAUUAGCGAACACUGUGAAAGAGUUGACAGCACUGAGCAUCGAGAAAGAAGAGCUAAAAACAAAGAAUCACGAACAGAAAAUGAUCAUCGAUAAGACCAACAAGGCGCUGGGAGAUGCUGAGAAGCGGUAUAAGAAGAUCGACUCGGAGUUGGCUCGCAGCCGGCAGAAGUGUAAGAAUUUCCAAGUGGCCACGAUGGAGCAUCGCAAGACCAUUGAGGCACUCAGCACUCGCCUCUACGAGAGCGAAUCCGAAGUGGAGCGACUCAACUCUGUGCAGACGGAUCUUGAAGAGCAGAAGAAGCUGCUCGAAGCAAAAGCUGACAGUCUAGUUUUAGAAAUAAUAAGUCUAAGGGAGAGCAUGCAGUCAAUGGAGAGCGAAAUCAUACGUGAUGUGGAGGAUAUUAAGAAUCAACUCACUUCCAAAGUAGAUACCUAUAGAAUGAAAGCAGCCGAAGAAACCAAAUCGCUUCUUGAAACUGUUCACGACAAGCAAAGAACGAUUGACAUGCUGUUAUUGGAGGUGGACUACUACCGUAAGCGUCUGACUGAGACUGAUGAUUUUGCUGGAAAUUUGAAGGAAAAAUCAGAAUUGCAAUGCACAGAAAUCCUCGAUCUCCGUAAGAAGUUGACUGAAACUGAAGAUGAAUUCGCUGAUAGAAUCAAUGCUCAAAGGAACGUGUAUAGUAUCCUGGAUGAAAAUUUCAAGGAAAAAUGCGAUUUCAUCUACAAACUGGAACAAAUCAAAUAUCAUCAGGAGCAACAGAUCAAUGAACUGAUCACCAAACUUGACCACCAGAGUGAGUGCGCUCAGAGGGCCACCUCUCAGAUCGCAGCCCUCACCACUCAAAACGCUGAACACGAGAAGAGAAUUGAAAACUUGGUCAACAAACUUGAAACCAGUGGAGAAUAUGUGCAAACCUUCACCAAACAUAUUGAGGACAUUGCUGAACAGAUGAGUAAGAAAGAAGAGAAGAUAACUGCUCUGCAUCAAGACAUUGAAACCAAACAAGCUGAACUGAUGUUGAUCUCUGUUGAAAACUCCGAAUUCAAACAGAAAUUGGAAGAUCAGAAUCUGCGUAUUGAAGAACUAGAAAAAGAAAUUAGGGACACGCACAGAGAUAAUGAGAAGUAUGUUGAUGAACUGAUUUCGGAAAUAGUCCUCGAAAAAGAGCGUUGCUCUGAAUUGUCUUGUGUGAUGGCACAGCUGGAAGAAGAGAAGUCCAAUCUUGAGGAAAGAAUUAAGAAAUCGUUGCAUGAAAACGAAGAAAUUUCGUUGGACUGUACGAAACUUAGAGAAGAUGCCAACCAUUAUGCCGAGGUUGCUCAGUCCGAGUCUGAGGAGCGUGCCAUGUUGGCAAGACUGUUGGCUGACAACCAGCAGGAACAGGUGCGUCAACAAAACCAAAGAGAUGCGGAAAGCGUCGAGAAAGCUCAACUCAUUGUUGAACUAUCCACCAAAAUUGAUAAUCUGGAAGAUCUUGUCAAGGCCGCAGAAGAAUCUAAAAACAGUCUUGAAAUAGACAAUGAAAGUCUGAGGUCGCGCUUGGAGAGCUUGAACAAGUACUUGGAAACUGUUGAAUCUGAUAAGAUGACACUGGAAGAGAAGGCAGACAAACUAGACAAGGAGAUUGCAGACUUGUUGAGAACUAACAAGGAACAGUUGGAGACUAUCGAAAGCCUCAAUGAUGAAAUAUCUGUUUAUAAAGCCAAAGAGAUCGACUUGGAGGAGGUGAACGCCGCUGUCGCUUCCUUGAAGGACGAAAUUGUUGUUCUAUGUGAUACACUGGAGACCAAAGAUAAGACAAUUGAUCAACUUUGUGAAAGUAAGACAACUGCUAUGCAAGAUCUGGAAGAGUUGGAGAAAGAAGCCAAAGCGUACGAGGAGAAGCUGUCUGUCCUGUCUAGAAAUUUGGAGGUGGAGAAGAGGAACCACUCUGAGCUGCUGCAGUCCUACACCAAGAUGGAGAACAGGAAGAAUGAAUACAAACUUUACAGCGGCAAAUUGACUGAAGAAUACGAACGCCAGAAGAAAGAGUUGAAGAUGCUUGAGGAUGAAAAUGAAAGAUUGUUGAAAGAAAAACACGAUUUGGAAGUGAAUGCUGGACCUUUCUUGAAGCAACUGAAAGAAUUCGAAGAGGAAAGAAAGACUCUGUCUAACAAAAAUGAUGCCAUGGAAGAAGAAAUUCUUGCGUUGGAGAGAAAUCAUGCCAAAACUCUAGGUCAUCAGAAUUUGAAGCAGAAGAUUCAUUAUGUGUCUACUUUGAAAGAGGAAAAUUUGAAACAGAAACAGAUGAUCGAGCAGUUGCAAGCGGAGUAG